AGUGCGGUAAUCUUGAUUUGAGCAUGGGUCUAGAAUUUGCCAUGACGGCAUGUAUCAAAUAUCUAAUUGUUAUUUGCAAUCGCUUCUCCAUUGGAAUGCUGGGUGUAAUUUUCUGUGUUACAUAUUUAACUCGAUUGCAGCGGGAAGCUGUUUUCAGUUUUUGUAGGACUAUUUUUUUCAGCGGAUUAUUAUGGAUGACUUUUUGGCGGAUUUUGAAUUGUAGAUAGUUGAUCUUGGUAUUAAAUGCUUCUUGUAAGUAUAUCUAGAGGCUGAUAUUGAAUUCGGGAGCUAAUAUGCUCUUUACCUUUUCCUCUGUCUGUUUAAUAGGCUUAAGAUCUCCAGCACAAGGUCUAUCGUCAGGAUUCACCUCUGUAAUUUUCUUUGAGCCCAAAUGAGCAGAUCUAGUAGACAAAAGGAAAGGCGUGUUGGAAAAGAGCCAUCACAUGAAGACGAGGAUGAUAGUACUGCUGCUCGGACCAGACCUUUAUGCUUUGAAGAUAUAAUGAAGAUGAGGAGAAGCAAGGAAUCAUCUCAAACUAUGAAACACAAAGAUGCAGAAGAGGAUAAAAAUUCAAGGAGGGAGAUUAUUGAGAAUGUGCCGAUCCGGCAUGAAUCUGAAAAAACUUUCAAGGAUACUGAACGUAUUUCCCUGCGUAAUGAAAAACAAAUUUCAGUGGAUCUAGCAAGGUCAAGGUUUAGAGGUAAAGAGGGGCCAAAUUCCCAUUACCUAAGGGAAGAUAGUUACACAAGAAGCAAAGACAAAAGCACCCACGAAGUGGAGCUUUUACCUAGAGCAAGAUCCAGAAAAAAAGAAGAGCGUGCUUCCGUUAAGGAAGACAUUCUCGUGAAAGGGAACGAUAGGAGAAGUCGCGAGUUAGAAGGUAAAUUGAAGAGUAGACUAAGCAGUGAAGUCAGACACAAGGAUAACAGGGAGGAGAAUUAUAAGAUAAUGCAUGAUAGAAGCAAACCUGUUGAACGGGCAAGAAAUGAUCUUGAAGACAAAGCUGGAAAGGGGCAUCCAAGAGAGCCAGAUGUCAAUGAACGGUAUACUGAGAGAAGUAGAGGAAAAUCUGAGAGAGAAAGUAAGAGAAAGCACCGAGAUAUAGAUGAGAGGGAUAUCAAAGAUAGGAACAUGUCAAAGAAACUUGAUCCGAGAAGAGUGCGUGAUUCAGAAAUUUUGGAUAGAAAGGAAAGGAAAGAAUUAACAAAGUCCCGUAAUGAUGAAGUAAAUAUCAGAAGGAAAAGAUCAAGGAGUAGAGAGCGUGGAAGGGACAGAAGAUCGAUUUCACUCUCGCCGAAGGGGCACAGACGUAUAGUGUACAAUGGUAGGAAACAUGGGGAGUCGUCCUCUAGUUCUUUCAAAGAUAGAUCUGAAAGACACCAUGUUGAUGUUGACAGGACCAGAUUUCUUGGUAAUGGUUCAAGCAAUCACUCCCAUGGACAUGGAGAGAUUGCCAGCGGGCUCGGUGGUUACUCCCCAAGAAAGAGGAAAACUGAGAAAGCCAUCAAGACUCCUUCCCCUGCUACACGAUCUCCAGAGAGGAAAAAUGCUGGAUGGGAUAUUCCUCCAACGAGUGUAAAAGAUGGCUUUACUGCAUCAGUUUUGCAUAGUUUUCAAUCUACAAAUCAAGCCAUGCCAUCAAGUGCGCAUCAGUUGGCCAGUGCUGUUUCUGCUGCUUUAAGUACAAUGAAACCUCUGCCCGUUGCGUCUCCAAAUGUUCCUCCUACAAAGACCACCGCCUCCAUUGACUCAAUUCAACUGACAGAGUCCACACGGCCUAGGAGGAGGCUUUAUGUAGAAAACAUACCAGCUUCAGCCUCUGAGAAAGCCAUUGUGGCAUGUCUCAAUAAUUAUUUGCUGUCUUCAGGGGUUAAUCAUAUUCAGGGAACCCAACCAUGCAUCAGCUGUAUUAUACACAAGGAGAAGGGUCAAGCUUUAGUUGAGUUUCUCACUCCUGAGGAUGCUUCAGCUGCUCUUUCAUUUGAUGGAGCUUCCUUUUCUGGCUCCCUUUUGAAAAUCAGACGUCCAAAGGAUUUUGUUGAAGUGGCUACUGGUGACCCUGGCGAAACAGCAAGAUCAGAUGUUGCAGCAUACUUGAUGAGCGAUGUUGUCGAUGAUUCACCCCAUAAGAUCUUUAUUGGAGGAAUUUCCAAGGUGCUGUCAUCAGAAAUGCUCAGGGAAAUUGCUAGUGUAUUUGGACCAUUGAAAGCUUUCCACUUCCAGGCUAAUGAUGAUGCAACCAAUCGGUAUGCUUUCCUGGAGUAUGUAGACCAAUCAGUGACUCUGAAAGCAUGUGCUGGUUUGAAUGGUAUUAAGUUGGGAGGCCAAGUUCUAACUGUAGUUCAAGCUGUCCCAGAUCCAGCAGCAAUGGGAAAUAGUGAAAAUCAGUCCCUUUGUGCAAUUCCUGACCAUGCAAGGCCUCUUCUUGAGAAGCCAACAGAAGUUCUGAAGCUAAAAAAUGUGUUCGCUCCUGAAGGCUUUUUGUCUCUCUCUGAGUUGGAAGUGGAUGAAGUACUAGAAGAUGUGCGUCUGGAGUGUGCAAGGUUUGGCACCAUUAAAUCUAUGAAUGUUGUGAAGCAUGAUAGUGGUCCUUGCCGUUCGACUAUCGCAGAACCUUGUGUAAUCACUGAUGACACUGGACCAAGAACGGGAAGUGACGACAACAGGAUAGAGACUUCAGAAGAAGUUGCUGACCAAGAAGCUGGAGGAGUCAAUGAAAUUGAGAUCCCUAGCGAUGCAAAUCAACUUAAAGAAGAUGGCAUCCCAGCAACUAAUAGCAGUGACACCAAUGAAAACAAUCUUGUGGAUGAUGUGGCUGAUAAUGAUUCUCCUCAGAUGGCUCCGCCUGAUGCACAAGUGGAGAUUAGUGACCUGACCUCUCAAAGAACAACAGAUAUGCCGACUUCAGAAAACCCUGAACAGCUGAACACUGUGAAUGGUGACCCAGAUAAUCAAGACAAUGAAGAUGCUGACAUUGCUCAGAUGGAGGAUAAUCAUUUGGAAAAGAAAUCACUUGUUGAAGAAGAGUUGCUUCCAGAGGAAAGCAAUUGGUCGACGAGAGAAACUCUUGAAGUACCCGAGGGCAACAUGAAUAUGGAAUCAGAUAUCAUUCAGAACGGUGAUGCUAAGGGUGAUGAUCUCAAUAUUGAACAGGUUUUUGAGCCAGGUUGUGUUUUAGUGGAGUUUAAAAGAAUUGAGUGCUCUAGCGUGGCGGCACAUAGUUUGCAUGGGCGUUUAUUUGACGAGCGGCCCGUGACAGUGGAAUAUGUUUCUCUUGAUCUCUACAGGAGAAAGUAUGGAGGAUGAAUAUUACAGAAUGGCAAGUUAAAGUAGUUACAGUAUGACUGUCUCAGAAGGUCUAAUUCCCCUAGACACAUAAAGAUGCAUCACAGACCUCUCUGUCGGACUUAUGAGGGGGUGAACUCGAUUACUGUUGUGACCAUUUCCAUUCAUCUACUGGCGGUCGUCAGGGUUUGGUUUCACCUUAUUUAAUCGCAGCAUUCUGAAGUGGUAUUGGACUUCCUUUGAAUUUUGGCAAUGCCAUAUCACAUUUUGACAUUGUAACAUAUACUGACUUGUGCCAUGAUAAGGUUGGGGGUUUUGUGGCCUAUUUUUCUCCUUGCGGAGGUUGCUGACUAACGGAUACCUUAAAACUGCAUGGAGUUGCCCAGAGGGCUUAAGAAGAUUAGCCAUGAUUCUAGGGGGGGAUAGGGACUACAGAAAGGUUUAAUGUGCACUUACGUACAUUAGGAAUGAUAUUUCAACUUCAGCCCGUGCCUUUUGUUCCUCUCUACUCUUUCUUAAGGGAAGUUUCAAGGCAUUAUGGAAUUUUACGUGCACUUGUGUGUGUUCCCAGACGGGGACCACAUCAUUUGCAUUUCCUCUACACUUUUUGUUUAUUUCAGGAACACUCUGAUAUGAUUAACAUGUCGGUAUGCUGGUUUAGGUUCA